UAAUUCUCUUCUUUUUUGUAUUGUUUUUUUUUGUAACACACACCAUUACCUUCUGUAUUAUCUUUUGUAUCUCCUUUAAUUGUCCUAUUGUAGUUCAUGUUGUAUCAAUAAUAAUAGUUAUAAUAAUAAUAAUGAUAAUAAUAAUAAUAAAAGCCGUUUAGUCGAAGUUACAAUAGAGACCGCCAUGAGAGGCAAAGUUGUUGGAAACGUUUAGAAAAGGAACUAAAGGCCGAAAGGUUAACUACAACAAUGACUGCUGCCAUAACCGAAUUAGUUUCAAAAGUCGAAUCUGACAAAGGCUGGUUUCGUUUUAGCCCCCAGGACAUUACCAUUUUAGGUUAGCAAGAAGUUCAGAUAUAAGCAUAGAUCCUCGAGUAUCAAUUUUUGUUAUUUUUCAAUUUUGUUGAUGUAACUAUAUCCCAAUGUUUAGAGGUGGCUGGACACAGACUGACUCUCCUGCACUUUGACGGAUCAAUACUGCAACUCUUUAUCAACUGAUGUUACAACUGGUGGUACAACACAAAUGCCCAAUUAUUGGUGAAAAAGUUGUGGUCGUCUUCAUAGCGUAAUAGCUUACCCUGGCAACGCUUCAAACCGUUGCAAACAUCCUUAAUUUAGCUUUUUGUGCUCAUAAUUCAAAAACGUCUCAGUGAAACCCAUUUUAUUAUCCAAUUGUGACAGGCAUAUUAAGAUACAACGUUGGAUUCAGAGGCAUUUUAAACUUUCGAAAAUUUAAAGAGGCUCUGAACCCUACCCACAGGUUUUUUAAAGUUUUUCCCAAAAGCUGUAUCAAUUUGUUUUCUCUUGUUUUUGGACCAUAAACUCUUAAAGGUAAGGGUUUUUUUAACUGGUUGAAUCGUUCUCAUGGUAACCUAUUAUGCCUUGAGGAUUAUCACAACUCGUUUAACACUGAUUGGACAUUUGUGUGAUAUUAAUGUUGUACACAGUGACCAGGGCCGAAGCCAGAAACAAAUUAUGACUACUGCAGUGUCCAAGAAAUGAGUUGUGACUGAGCCAAUGUCCAUGGUUUAAUUCUCUUCCUGGGAAUUUAGGGUGUUUCAGUGAUGACUAUAAACAACAAAAAUGAAAAAAAAAAGACUGAGGCAAGUGCUUGGGUUUGCCUGUUACUAGCUACGACCCUGCACACACAUCCCUUGAUAUAAUGUGGUAGUAUUGACCCGUCAAAGUAUAACUGCUAGCAAGUGCUGGAAACUGUUACCUGUCACCUUAAACUAUUUAUGUCCUGACUAUUUGUUUUCAAUAGACAGUUACGAAACAAUGAAAAGUUCCCUCCUCUCAAUAAGUCUUGGUAGCGCGAUAUUCUUAACCACUGCUCCAUAUAACUAUAGAGGUUUUGAGUAAAUGCUCCGUAUUUAUUCAUACCUAUAUCGUGCAACACUCUAAAUUUAAUUUUAACGCGGAAUUUUGAAUUCCAUAUUAAUACCAUAAAGAAGUGCAGAAGCCAUUUUAAAAACAUGCGGUAUUUAAUUGUCUCAACAAAGAUAAUAAAGGUAAUUUACAAUAGUACACUGCAGUAAGUUAAAGUAAUUUUAACAGUUAAGUGUGGUUUUCACUGUCACGUAAACACAGGUACAAACAUAAUCAUAACGGCAUUGAGGACGCCCACAACACGAGCAUCAGAACAAGCACAUUUAAGUGAGGACAGCACAACACAAGUGUAAGCAGAAGCACAGGCGGAACAAAAGUUUUUGUUCUUCUUGUGCUUGUGCUUAUAUCAAGUGAGGACGCUCUGCUCUCGCACAAACAUCAUCAUUGUCCGCCAUCUCGUUUUACUGUAUCGCGGAGGACCAAAAAUGACGUAAUUAUUCAUCUGCGCAUGCCUAUCUGCUAAUGUUUGUGUUAUGGGCGUCCUCAGUACCGUUUUUCUUAUGUCGUAGUGAAAGCUAGGCUUUAAGUGCCCCUAUGACCAAAUUCUCGAUAUCCAUAUUUUUUAAAAUUUUCAUACACAAUAGGUCUUUUCUAGAUAUCUUGCCAAAUUUCAAUCCAUUAUGAACAUUGGAACUCACGUUUUUUGGACCUUUAUUUCCGAGAAUUUACAGCCGCCAUUAAUUUUCCUUGUUCCAAGUCUUGGUUGAGAAUCGGAGUAAAUGACGUCAUUUACUCAAAAAUACCACACGGGUUGGAAUUAUAACACGACGCCUGAAGGCGAUUCCGUGGGAUGUGUUGGCUAGUGAGCGUAGCAUUGGAUCUGGAAUGAAUUGUGCAGGAACAAUAAACUGCCACGAUUAGUCAGUUAGAUCAGCCAUAGAAAAGAGUUGGGAACGUAGUUCCCGGUGUUGUGCUCUGGCCUUGUCUUACGGGUCAGGGCUUCACAUAGGGUUAACCUCAUUGCACCUUUCCCCCUUGGACAGAAUUGUUCAAGAAAAAUUGCUAUGAUCCGUCUAAUAGAAAACACUGUACAAUGAAAAGACAAUGUUAUUAUCUUAAAUAUCUCAACUGCUCAGAAAUGAGACAUUUCCUAUCAGUUUGUGUAACAGGUAAAAGUAAUUCACUUCUAGUUAAUGUUUGGACUAGAUCCAUAUUCCGUAUCCCGUUAAUUUUUCUUCAGUCCGCGAUCAACAAUUUUUCUACAAAGAUAUUCGGGGAUAUUCUCGGGCCACUGUAAGGCGUAAAUUGAGGGUCUGAAUGGGGUUAACCGACUAGCGACAAAGGGCGAAAAAUAUUACUGACUACCGACAAAACGAGGAGAAAAUACCCGACUAGCAACUAAAAAUUAACUCAGAUUUACCGACAACCGACAAAGUACGUAAUGAAAUUUUAACCGACAACCAACACGUGGAUCGCCCAUUCAGACCCUUUAAAUUUGUUUUUGGAUAUCUUUAUUUUUAUUAUUAUUUUUUAAAUUGGACGGGCAUACCCAUAUUACUAAGGAUUUGGGUAUCCCCUUACUUUUUGGCCGAUCUAACGCGAUCUUGGCGAGUUAUCGUUCCCUGAGAAGCUGGCAAACAACAAAGAACACAACACAGCAACAGGGUAAGUGAAUUUUAUUCGUAAAAUAUAAGAAUAAUUGAAUUUUAAAGCAAACCCGUUGCGUUCCCAUACAAACCCCCUUAAAUCGAAUUAUAACACAACACGGUGUCACCGCUUAUAAGAAAGAGUCACGUCCAAGGUAAUCUAAUAUAGAGCUUUGGCUUCCUAUGGUUUCGUAUACCGUUUUUUAAAAUGCGGACUCGGAUCAGACAGUCUGUUAUAAAUUGCGACUAUUUUCAGAGACAUGAUGUGUUUAUAUCAAGCUAAAGAACACUUUAAUUUAUUGAGACAAAGCUUCGAAAGAAGAUAAACGGUUUUGAGUAGAUUCACUUGCCCCAGUUUUACGCUUUCGGUGGUUUGGGUAUCCCCAGGUAUCCCUACUGGGGAUAUACCCAAAUCACAGGGAUACCCAAAUCACAGUAGGUAGUGACACUGGGCCUAAACGCCGGACGUGUUCAAUCGAUGAAACCGAUAAUCAAUUGCAAUUGAUAUCAAUCGAUAGAAAUUAAUAAAUUGUAUCGGAAAUCGAUAAAAAUCAAGAAAGGGAUAAGUUGCGAGAAAUCAAUAAUUAUCGAUUUUUAAAUUAACAUGAUCGAUUUUAUCGAACUUAUCGAUUUUUUCAGCGCAAAAGUCUCCACUUAUUAUAGGGCAGCGAAACAUCAGAAAAUAAACAGAGUUUAUACUAAGGGUAGGUUCCUUCAGGAUUAUCCGAGAUCACUGACUCGGAUCAUAGUGCAAUAAGGGAGCUGAUGAAUCGUUGUCCAGAGUGUUUAAAAUAAAUUCUUGAACUCAUUUGCUUAAUUCUGAUGAUCUUGUUAUUUGCGCUAACUUACUCCAGGCUAUGAGCGGGUUAGAAGGUCUUAAAGACGGGUGUAUGACCAGGUUGUAAGGGUAACUCAAGAUGUCCCAACAAGCUUAACACUGAAGUACAUGACAAAGCGAAGAAAUAUAGACGAUAGGUUUAACGUCGGCAAAAAUCGAGGCAAAACACAGCUAGUUUCUGAAAAGCUGCCUCUGAAGAAGCAGAUUUUUGGAUUUACUAGUGUCAACAAUACACGGUCCUUGCUGAGGGCGAUAAAAUCGAUAAAUCGAUAAAUUCGAUAUCCUAAAAAACGUCGAUGGUUGUGAGUAUCGAUUUCUAUCGAUUGAUCAAUAAAGUCGAUAACGUUUAAUUAAGAAUUAUCGAUCGUUAUCGAGUUAUCGUACGGUUUUCCGAUGUCGACUUCUAUCGAUUGAACACGUCGGGCAAACGAGCUGCCUUUUUGAACUAAUCACCGAAAAUUUGUUAUGUUAAACAUGAAACAAGCGGAAAACAGAUAAACAACUACAGAUUACUUGGUUUACAAAAAUUCCGUCAGAUUUCAAUUUCAUGCUAUGGCGAGUAAAGCUACAACUGAGAGGCUGAUGUUAAAUGUCGGAGCGACUUAGAACGCAUGUGCCUGACAUGUGAACAGCAUCAGUUACCUUUGAACAAUAAAAACUUAGUGAUGGUGUUAUUUUUGGCAGCUUGUGCUCACAAUAAAUAAGUGUAUAAAUCGCUGUCAUUGUUUCUUCUAGCAAUGAUCAAAAACCCCUGUCAACUUUAACCUCUGAAAAGCUGUGAAACGUUUCAGUUCUCAGUAAAUUCGUGAAGGAACGCAAGGAAUGAAAACAUUCAUUAAUGAACGAAGAAAGAACAGUUUGUGUUUUUUUGUAACUUCUUUCACGUUGCGGUUAAACACAAAUUGCCAAGCCAUCAUUAAAGAUCUGGACGCCAAAUAUGAGCAGGUUUUAAAAUUAGAUCUGGAUACAUAUUUUGGUGUUUUUUUAGAGGCGCAAUUCCAAUCUUUCAGCUUGGUUUAUCUCAGUUAUGAUUUAUGUUGUUAUGAGAGUAAAUCCAUGCAUGGCGCGCUACAAAAGUGCAACUGAUAUUAUUGGCCCGUUGUCAGCUAUCUUGAUCUUCAGAAUUAAAAAAAAAACACGAGGGACUUUAAAACAAAAGAGGGACAGAGAAACAACACGAAACGUCGGAAUAUGGAGUUCGUUGGUGUCUUACAGGGACACAGUCAGCAGCAGCGCUAGCUAUCUUCUUCAGAGAGGUGUUCUCAUUAAAGAGAGCACAUGUAAGGAGAAACAAGUGAAAUUCAGCUGGGACCAGCGAGACAGCCGUGUCAGCCUUACAGCGGUGUUCGAUUAGAGAGGUGACAUUUCUUUAUCAUUAAUUUCCUGUUUAUUGACGCAAACAGUGAUACCCAGUGCCCCCCUGUCAAUCAUCACUUGAGCACAGGUGUGAGCACAGAUAGGUCUUGGUGUUUAUUUCACGGCGCGGCAUUUUUUUGGAACCAUAUUUCUAAUAAUUGCGACACUAGGUCAAAACAAGAUCAUUUUUACUAAACACACAACACUUUCUGGGAUCUUUAUUUCAAACUCUAACAUGUCUUCGAUUGCGACAGCUGUUUUUAAAGUCACUAUUGGCUGGCUGGUGGAUAAAGGCAGAGAUAAGGCGGCGGAGAAGCUGAAAGAUGGCGAUGUGACGGAUCAAAAAUUUCGUGCAUUGAUAGUCCGCGAAAUCGACGAUAUUAAGUCCAAGUUGGAUGGAUUGUCAAGAAAAGAUUUGGGAGCAAGUAUUAGCUUCUUUGAGGAAGGAAUCGAGUUGUUGUAUGAUUUUUUUGUCAAAGCAAGGUCCGGAAGCGAGCACAGCGCGGCAACAACACAAGCAGCUUAUGAUGAAGCAUUUUCUCUCGCCGUACGAAUGGGAACGUUGGAGCUUACUGACCUGGAUAGAUCAGCUGUGGAGGCGCUUUCCAAAGCAAAGAAGAGAUUUGAAGAUUCUCGCAGAAAAGCAACAGAGGCCUUUAAAAAUGAAGCUCUAGCAACGUCCGACCGCAUUCUAGCAAUGCAGUAUCGAGUUAUGGCGACAAUACUGGAGACAGUAGACAAUCCCGAGCACGCAAUAGCACCAUGUAGAGUGUGCGUUAAGGAACUGAACUAUUUGUCAGCAGUUCAGAAAAAUUUUGAUGUUCAGCUCAAGAAAGGCCUCCAGGCAGCAAUGAGUUUGUUUGGUAAAGACGAACGCGGGAAGAUCAUUUCCGGUGUCUGUCACGCGAAUCGUUUCAUCUACGAUGUCACGCAAACAGUCGGGAAAGACGUCCACCUCUGUAUCUGGCCUGCUGUUGAUAUCGGAGAAGACAAAGUGGAUCCAUUGCGUGACGAGAGAGUAGCAGAAGUUCUGCGUAAACAGGGCAUGGAACACUGUUUAGUUACGCCAUCUUCAUUUGGUCAGGAGGGUGAAGAGGAGCACAAGCUGAAGAACCCGAGUGGAAUCGCUACAAACUCCAGCGGACAAUUCAUUGUUGGAGAGUAUGAAAAUGACGUAAAGAUGUUUGACCCUAGUGGUCAUGAUCAGUUCAUAAAACAUUUCAACGUCCCUAAUGAUGACGUUGAAACAAAGUUAUAUACUUUUGAUGUAGCCACAGACAACCAGGACAACAUCUAUGUACUGGUCAGAUACGAGAAGGAGACUGGAUCUAAGGGAUUGGUUGUUUAUGAAUUUAGCAACACCGCUGGCCUGUAUCACAAGUUUCCUGUGAGGGGAGAGGACUGGGACAGAUCCUGGCACAGCAGACUGACAGUCACCAAAGGUCAAGUACUGGUACUGAGAAGGUCUAGUGUAGCUGUGUAUGAUUCUGAUGGAUUGUUUGUUCGUUCGUUCGGAGAAGGAACAUUGAAGUAUGCGAGUGAUAUCACUGCUGCUAAUAAUGGCCCUGUUAUGGUAGUGGAGUCGUUUCCUCCUUGUGUUGACAUAUUCAGUGAAGACGGUGUCCAUUUGAAGCAGUUUAAACUCCAAGGACGUUAUUGGUCUCGAAUUGCAUUUCACCGGAGUGAACAUGUCGUCAUCGCUGGUAUGGAAGGAGUGCCAGACGACCCUGGUCCCCUGCAUGUGGAAAUAUUUACCAAAGAUUGUGACUUUGUGCGCAGCACUCAAAUCCAUGAAGAACAAAUUCGCUUCAUUGGUGGAAUGACAGUGACCAUGAAUGGACGAAUUGCUGUGAUUCUGGAAGAUAUCGAUCGCAAAUGCAAGCUAAAUCCCAAAGCUGUUGCUCAGUUCAAGAAGUUGUUGAAACAAAAUCGUCACAGGGAAGUGCAGUCAGUCUCAUAUCAGCCUAAUACAGCUCAUCCUGACAUUAAUGAGUUGAAAAGCCUUCAGACAGCUUGUCCCAGAACUGCAUUUUUUUACACUGAUUCCGAAACUGGACCCAGAAGAUAGUAGUGCAUCAGAGGAUGAGAAUGAGGUAAAUUAUAUUCCAGAGCCAAUGACGUCACUACAUCAAGAGAAGUAUUCAUCUCUUUCAGAGGAAGAGCUUCAAGUCAAGAGCAAGGAAAUACUGUUAACACUCUCCAGAAUAACACAAGAUCAAAUUGUAGAACUAGAAAAGCUGACCAGGGACCAGGCCAUUUGCCCUCUCUGGUUUGAACAUCGAAGAGGAAGGAUAACUGGCAGCAUAGCUCAUGAAUUGUUCAGAAGGAAAGCAACCACCCCUCCAGAAAAUAUGUUGAGAAAAAUUAUGGGAUAUGACUUAAGGAUCUAAGCAAAGUAAAGCCAGUAAAAUGGGGAACUGACAAUGAAGACAAAGCAAGGGAUCUCUAUGUCACGAUUAAAUCAGAGGAACAUGCGGGUUUUGCAUGCAGACACUCAGGUUUUCUAAUUGAUGAGAACAGGCCAUACAUUGGAGCAUCCGCUGAUGGCGUAGCAACAUGUAAUUGCUGCAAGCCAAGAGUUCUAGAAAUUUUGUAUCCAUACAAAUACAAGGAUGUUGAUCCCAUGGAGGCAGCAAGGAUUGACUCUAAGU